AUGUUCCAACACAGUACAAAUUGGAUGUCCCGGCAGUUUCCAUGUGAUGUCAGUGGACUAGUGUUUCAUUGUGAAGCAAAAAAACUUCAACAAGUACCUGACGGGAUAACCAGCAAUGCCACCGUAGUUAAUUUGUCAAAAAACAAUCUUCAGCAAAUACCAGGGAAUGCGUUUUCUCAUCUGGAAAAUCUCACUGAACUUAAUCUUGUCCAGGCAAAAAAGAACGGGCUGAAGGACGUCGACAUCGAUAAGGAUGCUUUCAUGAAUCUAACAAACUUGAAAAUACUGAAUUUAGGCUACAAUCGUCUGACUCGUGUCCCCGGUAUUCUUCCUCACAGUCUGACAACGAUUUGGCUAAACAACAACAAUAUCCUGGUGAUCAAUAAUAGGAGUUUUUCUGGGAUAAGAAAUGUGACGCAUCUAUUCUUGCAAAGAAACGGCUGUUCUAGCAAUAAAUGCUCCAAUCCAGUAAAUAUUUCAGAUGACAGUUUUCCAGUUUUGACAAAACUUAAGGUUCUGGACCUUUCCUCCAACAGUUUAAGACGUGUUCCAAAGGGACUACCAACAACGCUUACCAACCUGGCACUUAGUAACAACCAAAUACAUUACAUUUCUGAAGAGGACUUUAAAGAGCUCCAUCACUUAAAAGCACUGACAAUACAUGGAAACUGCCCAAGAUGUGGAAAUGCUCCAUUUCCCUGUGUAGCUUGCCCUAAUAUUUCUCUUGGAAUCCAUCCUAAGGUGUUUAUUGACCUUACCGAACUACAGACGUUGGAUUUAGCUGGCAACUCCCUGACACAACUUAAUGACUUUUGGUUUGAAAAUCUCCAAAAUCUGAAAAAACUCUUGCUAUCAUUCAAUCUUUUACAAAAUGCCAUUCAGGGUGAACUUAAGUGUUUUAGUAGUCUUUCAAAAUUAGAACAUUUAGAUCUGUCGUUCAAUUAUGGACGUAACACAUACCCAAAGACCGUUCAGCUGUCAAAGGGUUUUUCAAAGCUUAGGUCGCUUCAAGUAUUGCACUUGGUUGGUUUAGUUUUUAGAGAAAUAGAAUUUGAUACUUUGAAACCUCUUGUUUCGCUUAAAAACCUAACUGUGCUAAAUCUAGGGACUAACUUUAUUGUUCACUCUAAUUCCACUAUAUUCAAAGAACUCCAUCAGCUGAAAGGCAUAUUCCUAUCAGAGAAUAGACUGUAUCCCGUUUCAGUAAGUGCACCUAACCCACCUGGCCAGGGAGGUAACGUUGAAGCCAACCUGAUUUUUUCACCACACCUGGUGGCCGACACGUUGAAUUUUGGUAGUAGAAUUUUGGCAAAUCCAGAGUGUAUCAAGGCAGGCCGUGUGCUGAGUUUUAGCUCAAAUAAUCUUUUCUUCAUAACUCCGGAGCAAUUUGAAGGCUAUGAUAAUAUCUCAUGCCUUAACCUUUCAGGAAAUGGGUUUUCAUCUGCAUUAAAUGGGACUGAAUUUGAGUCGUUGCCAAAUCUGACAUAUUUGGAUCUGUCAUUUAAUAAGAUUGACUUGGCCUAUAGACAUGCAUUCCAGGAAUUACAGAAGCUAAAGGUAUUGGACAUCAGUUUCAACGACCACUACUUUAAAGCCUACGGGAUCACGCAUAAUUUAGAUUUUGUUAAAAAUCUGCCUGUUCUUGAGAUAUUAAAUAUGAGCAAUAAUUGUAUUCAUACUUUAGCUACCAAAUGGUUACAGAGUAAGUCAUUAAAUGAGCUUCGAUUUGGACACAAUGAACUUGGGACUCUUUGGAAAGAUGCAUCGUAUUUCAAUCUGUUUACUAAUCUCACUAAUUUGAAAAUACUAGACAUUUCAUCCAACAACAUUGAUGAAAUUCCUGAUAAGGUAUACGUUUUGUUACCACGGCAGCUCACAACCCUGUUCAUAAAUGAAAACAAACUCUCAGAUUUUAUUUGGACUAAACUAGAAUAUUUCAACAACCUCCAGACCCUUGAUCUAAGUCACAAUUAUAUUACUUAUGUAAAAAGCGUUACCUCCCGUACUUUAAGAACUCUUAAUUUGGAUCAUAAUCAAAUUGCACAACUGUCAAAUGGAUUUUUGGAGGGCGCCAUAAGCCUUACAACCCUCUCGCUGAACCACAACAGGCUGACUGUUAUCAACCAGACUAACUUCUUAACAAAACCUAAAAACUACCUUCAAACGUUGUCUUUACAUAGGAACCCAUUUCAAUGCUCAUGUGACACACUUGAUUUCAUUCUGUGGAUCGAAGACAACGAUGUCACCAUCCCAAGCCUGACCACGGAUGUCUAUUGCUUCGUAUCAUACGGCCACAUUCAGGUGAUGAUUUACUUUGAGUUUGACCAGUGUGUCAACAACACUUUGGCACUGCUGAUCUCAGUUCUCACAACUACCUUCAUCGUUGUCACCACGUCGAUGGCAACGGUGGCGCACAUCUUCUACUGGGACGCCUCCUACGUCCUGCAUUACCUGAAGGCCAAAUGGAAGGGCUAUCGUGCUUCGGCCUCGCAAGACAACGUGUAUGAAGUCUUCGUGACAUAUGACACCAAAGACCCCUGGGUCUCGGAGUGGGUGCUGGAGACGCUGAGGGUGAAGCUGGAGGUGGAGGGGGAGAAGGUGUUGCCCUUAUGUCUGGGGGAGCGGGACUGGCCCCUCGGCGUCCCGGUGAUCGACAACCUCACCCACAGCAUUCGCUACAGCCGCAAGACCCUGUUUGUGCUGACCAAGGCGUACGCCAAGACGGGGAUGUUCCGCUUGGCUAUGUACCUGGCCCACCAGCGGCUGCUGGAUGAGAACCUGGACGUGAUCGUGGUGCUGAUGUUGGAGCCGGUGCUGCAGAACACUCACUUCCUGCGUCUGAGGAGGAGGCUGUGCGGGGAGAGUGUUGUGGAGUGGCCCAGGACUGCGGCCGCUGAGCCCUGGUUUUGGCAGAACCUCAGGAAUGUCGUUAGGGUGGACAAUCAGACGAUGUACACCAGCACUUACUCUCAGUACUUCACCUGUAGGGAGAGAGACUGAAGCUGUAGCUUGGACAUUUUUCUUUUUUUCUGAAUUACUUUUAUGUUAAGUUACUUAAAUGUACUUGUUGUUGUAGGCUAUUUUUGCAGUUAUCUUUGUUGAGUGAUGCUUUUGAACUGAUCUUCUUCAUGGGUUUAAUUCUAUGAUAAUGUGUGUUAAUAAUGAACCACUUUUAACCGCCUAGUUUUAGGUCAUAGUGUUAUCAGGCUUUGUUUUGCAUUGCUGUUGUCUUGUGGUUUCAAAAGUUCCAUAAUAAAGGGCCUCUAAAUUUCUAAAUGAAGGUUGGCCUGAGGCUGAACCGUUGUCAUUUUGGAAAGGUUGUUCAACUCUCAAUACAAUUUAAAUAAUGAUAUAAAGACUUCUUUAAAGAAUAUAAGUAAAAAAUAGCCAAUAGUUCCCGACACCAAUGCUAAAUGGAACUAUUUUAUCAAUGACCUUUGGUGGCUUUCCAUGCAGAAAGUGAAAUAUUUGAUGUGUUUAUUAAAUCAAAAAGCAUAAUACAAUAGAAUCUUUCUUUCUUUGUCAAUUAAGUUAUUAUGUUACCUUUGAUGAAAAACCAUUUGAUGUAUUGUCAUUAUUGCUGUAAUUAUUUUAAGUGCUGAAGUAAAAAUUUCCUCUU